CUCCAAACAAAUACCAAAAAAAUUCAAAUACCUAAAAAUUUAAAAUCUUAUUCAAAAUCUGACACGAUGAACUGAAAAAUACCCAAAAUUUUAUCCAAAUACCCAAUUUUUUUUUUAAUUUGAAAAAUUUACCUAAAAUCAAAACUCUAAUCGUAAACCAAAAACUUUAAAACAAUAUCCAUAUUACCAGAAACAUAUUCGGAAUAUCCAAAUAUACCUAAUAAACACAUUUAUGAUCUUGUCUAGGGUAGGACCCGGACUCAAACAAAUACAUGCGGGUCAAAAAAAACUCAAUAGAUUAUUUUCUCUGGACCUGAACUAAACCUAUAAUUUUGGGUCGGUUCAGUUUGUUUUUUUUAUCCGGAUAUAAUUCUCAUGUCGAAAAGAAAUUUACGUAAAAGUGUAUAGCUGUUAAAAAUUAAGUUUUUCAAUAUAAUAAAACUUUGUAUUAUAAUAUAGUCUAUAAUCCCGCGCUUUCCAAGCGCGGGUCAAAAUCUAGUUUUCUAUUAAUAAGUGGUCAGCAUUUCAAAACAAUUCCAGUAUUUACGGUAUACGGGAUUCUCAUAUUUUCUGUUAAGUGAUUAUCAUAUUUUUCUGUUAAGUGGUUAUCAUAUUUUUCAGAAAAUAGAGAAAUAUAGUGGUCAGAUGAAGUAAAUUUGUUUUAAAACUAUAUUUUUAUCAACAUUUUAAUAUAAAAGGGUGCCAAUUGUGUAUUUUAUCUAUAACUUUUGAAAUUAUCAUGAAAAAUGGUUGUUAGUUCUUUUUGUAAGUGUCACAAGAGAUAUUUUACUAAGUAAACGAGUUUAUAUGUUAGUACUUUUUUUAGGUUUUAAAAAAUUUCGUUAAAUCUUGUUAUAAAUAAAUAUGUGUUAGAAUAAGUAGUAAUACGUGAUACAAAAAUCGACAUUCAAAAAAUUUAUUAUCAGAUCUAAAUUCUUAUAUUCAAAUAUGGAUUCAAGUAUCUCAUAUAUCCAAAUAUUUGAAGCAAAUUUGAUCAGAUAAUAGUUUGAAUUCUGGAUCAUUUGUCCAUCUCUAAUACAUACUUAAUUACUCAGUCCAAACGAAUAAUACCAUAUUAAUAAAAAAUUAAACAUAAAAUUAUAAAUAGUUGUUAUUUAUUAGUACACUAUAAUAUAUAUCUUAGACAUAAUUAAAAUCGAUUUGCGAAUUUUAUUUGUUUUUUCCCCAAAUAUUGCGGUUUACUUUUGAGUUUAUUCUCAAAAGAAAAUUGAAGUUUUUAAAAUAGAGCAAGGAAAUGUUAUAAGCUUUUGUGGACUAUGUAACUUGUAGACUAUCUUGGUGAGAAAUAACAGUUAUUUCAUACCCAAAAUUUUCCAAUGACAUACCUAUUGUUUAUCUUUUUGGCUAAAUAAUACACCAGUGUUCACAUCAGCUGUCACAUCACCUAAUUUUGUUAACGUAGAUGCUAUAUAAGCUAAUUUUACUCAUGAGGAUGUUACAUGUACAAUUUGUUUUUUGAAAAAAAUAUAUCAAAAUAUACAUUUUAUUAAAAAAUUUGUAAAAUUUUCAUAUUUAGUAAAAUUAACAAAAAUUAUUUAAUUAAAUAAUAAAUUUAAUCUAAUAUGAGAGAUAUAUUCGUAAAUCUUAUAUAAUAAAUUUACAUCAUAAAUUCUUUAACUACAAUUUUUGGGUACCCGUUGGGUUCAUGUCAGGUUUUUUGGAUUUCGAUUCUAUUUUGGAACACGUCUUAGGACCCAUACUGGUAUUUUUGUAAGUAUGAAUCGAGAUCGGAUAUAACACAUCGGGUUCGGAUUGGUUUUGUAUCACAUACUAGAGUGUUUAGGUCGGUUUUGUAUCACAUACUAGAACACAUAAAGUAACCAUAUAUCGUUUGGAUUUUAGUUAUUUUUGAUCGGUUCGGAUAACCUCACGUAAAAUCUAAAAUUUAAAAGAAAACAUAAGAAAUACAUACUUAGAAAGCAACACUAGCAUUGAAUUUGAAUCAUUACAAUACAUAUACAUAAGUCUUAUAAAGACUGUAUUGUGUGAUAGGAUCCACAAAUUUACGAAUAUAUCUUUUAUUAUAAGAUUAAAAUUUUACUAUUUAAUUAAUUUAUGUUAAUCUUACGUAAUAAAAAUGUAUAAAAUUUUACAUUUUUUAAAUUUUGUUUUUAUAAAAUGACUAUUUUGGUUUUUUCAAAAAAAAAACUGUGUACACGUGGCAUCCUCGUUAGCAAAACUAGUUGAUGUAGUAUCCACGUCAACAAAAUUAUAUGACAUGGCAGCUGAUGUGGCGAUUAGUGUAUAAUUUCACCAAAAAGAUAAACAAGAGGUAUGUUAUUUGAAAUUUUAGAAAAUUCAGGUAUAUUGUUGCACAGUGACAUAAGUCGGGUAUAAAUUAAACAUAUCAUGAAAUGUUAGAUAUGAAAUGAAUGUUUUUUCCAUCACGACGUUGGACACUAACUAUUUAGCUUUGAAAGGUUUCUACAUGAAAUUGAGAAUUUGAUCCCCAAAGAAUUGCAAAAUAUAUAUUCGGAUUCAACAAGUAACUAGGUAUUUUCGUACACCAUAUGCAUUAAUAAAUUUCUAAAUUUAUAUUAUAUUUAAAACAAAAUUUUAUUAAUAUUAUUGAUUUUAUUAUUUUCUUACCAAAAUUUUAAUAUAAAUUUGAUUUAAUUAAAAAUAAAAUUAAUAUAAAAAUAAUUUGUUUAUUUUAAAUUAUAUUUAAAAAUAUAUAUGUAUAUAUUUAAAAUUAUAAUCUUAGAUAGAUAUUUCAUUAAAUAUAUUAAAUCAGUUUGUAUUAAAUUAAUAAAAAAUUGUAUAAUUAUCAAAAAUUAAAAAUAAUAAGUAUUUACUAAAUCUCUAUAAAAUUACAUGAGAAAUCAGUUUCCUACAUAUCACACUCAUGUUAAUACUUACAUUAAUUACAUAGGUAACCUUAAUGAAUUAAACUAUUAUUUCAAAUUAUCAUUAUUAAAAAUAUUAAUAAUUUAUGUCAAUUAUUUUUUAAAUUUUAGUUUCUUUUUUUCUAAAUAACAUAUAAUAAAAAGGAAAUAUUCACAUAGAAUAAAAGAAAAUAAUAUUUAAAAAAGGAAAAGAAAUAUUUUAUGAAAAAAUAUUUUAUAUAGUGUGAGUACCGCCUGAGUUUGAUUCCCCUUGGCCACUCGGAGAGCCUUAAGUGGUAAGAAUACGCGGAUACUACGAGCCUCGUGGUGAUUAUUCUUUCGGUUUAUAGAGCAUUUGGAAUCGCACUACGGUUAUAAAAAAAAUUGAUUUCAUAAAAAAAGAAAUUUUACAAAAAAACAGUUUUGAAGUUCAAAAGAUAAUCAUCUCUUUAAAACAUAAUAUUAAACAACAUAAUAUAUAUUAAUUAAUAAAAUUAUUUUAUUUAAAUAACAUAUACUAAAACAUAAUAUCAGUCUAUUUUCUCAGAUUCUCACAAAACGUAAUUUAAAUAACAUAUACUAAAAUUCAGUGAUGAACUGAAAAUAUUUUAUAAUUGAUACGAUUGAGAUGGCUAUUCAUUUAUGCAUAAUCUUUUUUUUUGUUAAAUAACUAUGAUUUAUCUAAAUUUUACAAUCCACAAAUAUCAAAUUAUACAAAAGAAUUUACGGAAGUAUAUAUACAUAUUUAAGAUAAAAAAUAUGAACUGAUGAAAUACAUAAAAAUAAUCAAAUUUAGGUUAAGUAGAAUUAAAAGUAAUUGUUCUUUGAUUUUAAUAUGUCUAAUUAAAAUAAUAUAAUUUUAUUUAAAAUAAAUCAUACAUAUAAAUUAGAAAUAGAAUAUUGAUAAUUUAUAAUUUAUUUAUUUGUAUAUACUUAUAUUCGUGCAUGAGCUGCAAAAAUCACAUAGUUUGUAAAUAUAAAAGUAAUUAAUGAUAUGACGACUAAAAUUAAUUGUUCUUCUAUUUGAACAUGUCUAAUUAAAAUAAUCUAGUUUUAUUUAAAAUAAAUCAUACAUAUAAAUUAGAAAUAUAAUAUUAAUAUUUUAUAAUAUAUUUAUUUGUAAUAAUUUUUUUUACAAUUAUAAAAAUAGAAUGAAAUAAUAUUUCGAAAUUUGUAAUGUUAUAUUUGAAUAUAUUUAUUUUAAUAAUAAUGUAUGAGUUAUUAUCAUAUUCUAAAAAGUUAACUAAAAAUAUAAAUAAUAUUAAAUGUACUGUAAGAGUUAUUAUCAUAUUCUAAAAAGUUUACUAAAAUAUAAAUUAUUAUUAAAUUUAAUUGUUCAUGUCAUAUUAGCCAUAAGCUAUGUCAUUAAUUUUAGUUGUCAUGUUACAUUUUUUUGUGAAAAUGAUUAUAAAGAAGAUAUAUGGAUAAUCGAUUAUCAAAUAAUGUCUAAAGGAUUAUAUAUCCGUCGUUGUGGACAAAAAAUAAUUCAACCUAUUGAGCUUUAUUUAAAAUACCACGUUUAAUAUCGGUCCAUUUACAAUUCCGGCGCCGCCGUCAGUUUUUACCGCUGAUAUAUCUUCUCCGACGUUACAACAAAUAAUUUGGAAACCUUCUGCCUUUCAAGUUCGUCCUAUCAGAAAAGAUCAAAUUUUGAUGAUGAUGAAUUUAAAGGAAAAUGCUUGUGAUGGUUUAGUGAUAUGAUCUUUGGUUAAGGGUAACUGCUAAUCCCUGGGACUGACCCAUGUACCGGGAGGUUCAUCAGGGGGCUCAGAAGCAGCAAGAAAAUGUAUGGUGUCAUUUUGUCUCUCACAUUCUUUGUUUAAAAUACAUCAAACAGAAGUUGUGAGCAGUGAGAUCGAUCUCCUUAACCAUUUUUUUUCCACAGGUCUCUAUUCCUUCAUUAUCUCCUGAACUACCACACAACAGAGCGAGUAACAACGCACUUCAAUUCAGACCUUUUCACCGGAGCGAAGCAAAUAGCAAGCCAAUGAUCCUCAGGACACUUCAGCAUUGCAGAAAAAAGCCCAAAAAAACAUACAACUCCAUACCAAACCAUAACCAAUAUAGAGAAAGCCACAAUCUUGAAUGCACCACUGAAGAACCAGCACAGGAGACAGAAAACCAAUCUCGGAAUAUAGGCCCCUGAAAGCGCACAUAGAAACACCCAGUCGACACAACGACUCACCUUUGAUGAAGUUUGUUAUAUGAACUAUUUGCUUACGUAAAGAUUAAGAACAAGUUUUUGGUGAUUGAUUGAGUUUUUGUUAUUGGUUUUAGAAGAAAUUGUUUAAAGUUGUCAUGUAUUUGAGUAGACACGCAAAGGUCACCAAAUGUGGCCUAAGACAUGAAAACAUAAAGGCUGUUCUUUUGUGCUCUUAACUGUCAUGCUUUAUUUAAAUAUAAGGCGAUUCAUUUUGUAUUUUUUCUUCUAUAUUAAUCUAACUAGUGACUAAUGAAUAAAAGAGAAUAAAACAUCUCUUGUUAUUCCUAAUUUUUUUUACUAUUUAUAAGAAAUAUUUUUUCCUUUCAAUUCCUUCCUCGUCUUUGUAUUCUAGAAGAAUAUAGAAUAAAGUUGUUUUUAAAACCGAUAAGAAAUAAUAUUUUUUUUUCAUUUCUAUAAUUUUAUUCUUCUACAUUUUUUUCUUACUAUUCAUGAUGUUUCUAUAAUGGUCAUCAUUUGUUUAUAAUAUAAAUGUAGAUGCUAGGUAUAUCAUCAUUUUAUUAUAUUUUAUGUUCUUAAAGUUGCAUUCAUGCACUUGAUUAUUUUUUUUAUUGUGAAUAAUACGGUUGUUUCUUUAUUCAUCAGCACAUUUUUUCUAGAAUAUUUCAGAUGAAAUCAUGCUCUAACCUAUAAUUAUGCAAACAUAUUAUAAUCUUGUAAUCUAGUGGUCCACGCGAAUGUAUGUCUCCGAUGGAAGAUCAUAAAUCCAACGGCUCAGAAUCACGCGUUUGCAAUGUUUGCUUGCAGGGAAAUGGCCACCUGGCACAUGCAAAUAUUUGUUUUUGGUAUCUAUGAAUUAUGCAAAUGAUUUUCAUUGGACGUUGUGCUUAGUUGUUAUAACAGAAAAAAUUAGGCGUCUAAUAAAUAAUUUAAUAUUAUCUGCCCUAGAUAAUUACUAUAUUAUGAUAAACUAGUUAUUUUUUUGAUAAAUUAAUCGUUUUGGUGACCCUAAAAAACGGAAUUAGUUUCUUAACUUCUUUCUUUUGUAACAAUUAAUUUGUGUCAUCUAUUAUAUAUUGUCCAUCAGCUUUGCUGAACUUAAUAGUUAUAUUGUUUACGUAAGCCUUUUCUAGAUCUCUCAUUGAAAAAUCUUGUAUAAAAUAAACUUGGAUAGAAUUAAUGUUCUUUCAAAAAAAAAAAAAUUAAUGUUCUUUCACAAUCGAAUUAAGACGCAGAGGAUCAUUUGAAUUGUUGUUGGCACCUAAUAUAAUAACAUCAUCAUUACACAAUCACGUAUGGUUUUUUUUUUUUUUUUUUUUUUGGUAAAAAUGUAAAGAAAUCACGUAUUGUUUUGGUUCUCACAUAAUACAAAAUAUUUUAUAGUACAUAAUAAUGUUUAUAUUUUUACAAUUAAAGCCUACAUUACGAUGUGGUAUUUUAUUUUGAACAGCGUGAUAUAUUUAUACAUGCAAAUCGCAUAAUAUAAGUUUCAUUUCGUAUGAUAUAUAUAGUAGUACUGUUUAAUAAUUUAGUUUUGACAGACAACUUGAGGUAAUCACGAACACCAUCCUCCCACGUAAAGUCCAACUAAGAAUAUAAGUUAUUUAUUUUUGUUUGUUUUUUCGUUGACCUUAUAAACUCAAAAAAUAUAUUCUAAAACUCCAUUGCUUGCGGGUCACUUCUCAAUUUUCUUUGCUUUUCUUGUUUGACCGCGAUUUACACAUACACAAAUGUGCUUACCGACAUAUAUGAUAUAAAAUAUAAUGAACAUAAAUACAUGAAUAUAUAGAUACAUAUGCAUAUACUGUAUAUACAAUUCAAAUCCUAAACCUUCUAAUAAUCCAAACUCUAUAAAACCCUAGCUAGUUGCUAAAUAAGUGUCUCGUCCUGCGCCUUCUUUCUCCGAACACUAUAUGAAUCUUUCUUAUAAAACCAUGUUUGUAAGUGUUUAUUUCGUUAUGAUCCUCUUGGUUUUUAGCUCACGCAACGCUGCGGCAAGGAUGGGAACAAUUAAGGUUUCUGAAAUUGAGAUAGCUCAAGCAAGAUCAAGAACACCAAGACAUGAGUUCACGGAGGGUUUUAGAUUCAAAAAUCGUGAGUUGCACUUUUUGUCCAAACGGGUGCUUGUACCACCUUCGGGACCUUCCAAAAGGCACAAUUCUGUGGUGAAUGAUCUCAAACACUAGUUGUUUUUUUUGACAAUCAUAAUAUAUAUUUAGAAGAUUCUUCUUAUUGUUUUUGACUGGUUUUGAUCCUUUUAGUAUAUGUUUUUUUGUUCUUUUUAUCUCAUUUGAUUUCAUUCACAUUUGUAAUAUCUCAUUGGAAAAUAAACGUAUAUUAUCUUACAAAAAAUAAAAUAAAAAUAAACGUAUGUUGUAUACAUAUCCGUAGUUGUAUAUAUUAUUUAUCUCAUUACGUAUAUUAUUUUACAGAAAAAAAAAACAUAUGUUGUAUACAUCCUUUGUUCUCCCCCCUCCUCCCCCCCAAUUGUAUGUAUUCUCUCAUAUCACUAUCUUCUUGAAAUUAAUUGGAGUAUUAAAAUGGAUGGACCAAUCCAACUUAUGGUUAAUAGUUGUUAAUGGAUAGAUAUUUUAUGAUUAUAUACUGACGUAGUAAGUUAACCCUCAGCCAUCAACCUCACGGAUUAGUCUUAUAUUUGAAAUAAUGUAUAUCAUAAAAAGCAUUAAUUCCGAUGCUAAAACAAUUUUAUGUCUAUUAUAUAUAUAUAGUGUUUGUUUGCUGCUAAAAAAUACUAUUUUGUUUGACAUGACAGAAAAUAUUGUGAUACAUCUCUAAUAAACAGCCCACGCUAAUGCUAUCAAUCACAAAAGUCACGAUUACGAAUAAGAGCAUCUUCAACCCAUUAGCAUGUUCUUUUAUUUUGAAAAAAAUAUAGAGAUGUAUUAGAGAUGGUUUACUUAACAACAUUAAAGAGAUUAGCUACCCAAGAUUUUGGCCCAUGGAAACUUUUGAUCUUGUAGGCCCGUAUCUGAUAUUUGGGAUGUAAUAACAUAUUUUCUGUCACUGUUUGUAUACUGGCCUCAUGUUUUAUAUUAGAGGGAUCGAGUGUGACUGUGUGAGAAGUAAAUGGUUCACUUAUCACAGCGCAACGAACUUUUAACAUGGUGUGUUUGUCCACCAAAUCUUAACUUCCAAUCUGACUGUUGUCUCCUUCUGUUUUGUCUUUCUAAUAUUACAAAUUGAAGGAUUUAACGUUGGUUUUCCACUCUCUAGAGCCAAAUAAUCGGAACAACAAAAAGUAAGUAUCUUUUUUUUUCAUGUUCAAGUAUCACCCAACUUGUGAGAAGUUACGUGGUAUUUUCAUUUUGUAGUGUUUGUGCAUGUAAGGUUCUUAAAUUAGUUGAUUUGGUGAUCUUGUUGUUUAAAUUCUAGCUCAUGUUUCUUUUGGAACUUGCUAGUUCUUCCUCUGUUUCUAAGUGUUUUUUAUUUUCUUUUGCGACAUUUAGGAACCAUCAAGCUUCAAUAGCAGAAUGGGAUCCAAGUUCAUAACUUGUAUCAGAUGUUCAUAAGUAAUUAAUUAUAUUCACAUUCUUAGCCAAAGAAAAAAAUACUCGAACCAAAGAAUGAUUUUUUUUUUUGACAACACCAAAGAAUGAUUGUACACUAAAUACUUUUUCUUACACUAAAUACUUUCGUUGAGCUGAAAAUUAAAGAACACCAAUAAUUACGAGUAUGGGAUCCGUAGGUCUGAUCAUAUGAAAAAUCUCUAUAUAAAUUCAAACUUCAUGUCAAAACAACUUUCACUUUUUCAAGAAUAGCUGCUUUCAUGUACUAUCACUUUAUCUCUCAAAUGACCAUCUUCUAACUCACUCAAUUGCACGCUAAAGGUAAAAAUUAAGAGCAUUUCUAAUGUACAUCUCUAUAUUUUUCUAUAAAAUAUAUAACUUUAUUGUAUAUGUAGUUUUAUUCCAAAUUAUGCCCCUAUAAAAAUAUUUAUUUUUAGAAAAAAUAUAUAAUUUUUCUUCUUCUUUUGUCUCUAUAUUUAGAGUUGAAAACAACACUUCUCUAUAUCUUCUGUUAAAAAUAGAGGAAUUAUACCAUAAAAGCAUACAAUGAAGCAAAUACACUUUUAUAUGUAAUGAUUUUUUCUAUUUUAGAAAAAUAUAUAGAAAUGGAUAUAAAAGUGGAUUAGAGAUGGUCUAAAAAAAGAUUGUGUAUAUCUUGAGAUAGCCUGAUUUGAUCUACUCUCAACUUUAAUACAAACUGAACAACAAACCAUGAAGCAUGAUUUGAAGCACACGUACUUUAUAUAUCUCUCACUUCUGUUUAUUUUAAAUUAUUUACUCCAAAAAGUUUUCAAUCAUUUGAAAAGACGUUUAUUGUCCUUGAAGUAAAAAAAUUAUAUUACAAUUAAAUAGGAGCAAUGAAAGGAGUUUUGAGUACAAGAAUGCUCUACUUUUACUUGAGAAAAAACAUGUAAGGAAACAAAACAGGAACAGAGGAAGAGCCAUGAUCCACCAGGUCUUUACACUGAAGUUAUGGUAGCACUGAUGCUAAGGCAACGCUAUCUUGGUAUUCCAUCUAUUAGCAACUUCAUCUCUAGACCCAUACUGCAGUGUCUUAAGCCGGUACUGCAUUUGGCGACGAACAGUCCUACAUAUGUACAUCGCAGAGUUUGGAGAAUGAAGAUGACGUCGUCCAUUCCUUGCACGUCAGAUCCAAUAAAUUGAGGCUUGGAAAGCCAUUUUCACAAGCUGUGCGUCCAAUUUAGAGAGUCUGUUGCUCCUGAAGCUUGCAACUGUCCUGGACCAGUCAUGAUUUAUUCGACCUUCUAAGAACUGAUUCAUCAACAUUGUCCAAACAGUAAAUGUGAAAGGGCAAGCAAGGAAGAGAUGAUCACGAGUCUUGUACGACUCUCCACACACCGGACAAAUAUGCGUUUGACCCCAUUGUCUCAUUCUAUGUCCCGUAUCCAAUAUAUUCCUACAAACUAGCCAAGUGAUGAAAGCCUAGUGUGGAAGAGCUUGAGGAAUACUUUAAUACAACACCAACAAAGUAUUUAUCAUAAAAUAAUAACCCCUAAAGAUCAUUCAUUAAAAAAUAUUUUAUUAAAGAGAUAAUAUAUAUUUAUACCUUUAGGAUUAACUAAUCUAUACUUAUGGUUUAAAUUUGAGAGUGGAUUUUUGGAAGGUUGGAUUUAGAAUUUAAAGGAAUAAUUUUAAAAAUAGUUUCAAAAAAUAAUGUUUGGAUUUGACAUAAAAUUACAAAAAAAAAAAAUUUGAAUCUGUUUUUAGAAAAAAAUAAUUCGAAAAAGUUUCAAAUAUCAAAUAAAGUUUUUUCAAAAAUUCAAAAAUAUUAUUUUUAGUAUGUAUUUUUUAUAUUUACAUAUCUAUAAAGUAAGGAUAUAAUUUCAUUUAUCCGUUAAUAAAUCAUCAUGGCUUUGAUUGGUAACAUGAUUUUCACUUGAUUUAGUUUGAGUUAGAGUUAGAGGUAAAAAUCAAAAAUGUGACCAAACAUGAUUUAAUUAUAACUUUUUGAUUUUGUGUUUGAGUUAUUAUGUGGUAAAGUUGAGUUAUAUUUUUGAGUUGUCUUCUUUGUAAAAUCGCUAUAUCAAAUGCUAAACUAACAUCAAGGGAAAAUGGGUGUAUUAGAACUUGACUUAUGGUGAUUCUGUUGUUUCCACGUUUGUGUGUUUCAUAAACUCUAAACAAUUUUAUCAACUUUUGAAACAUGGUAUUUGUAUUUACUUUUGGUUGAUUGAUAACUAUUUAUUCUUAGCCUUUUUAUAAGCAUUCUUACUUCCAUUUCAAUCAUUAAUAGAAUUAUUUUAUAGUUUAAAUUAUUAAUUAUAUUUGUAUAUAAAUUUAUAUGUUUAUAUGAGACUUUUUGCUAUUACGUAUAUAAUACAUAUGUUUAUGUCUCUUUCAUAAGUUUCAAUUUAAUAAAGACUAAUUUUCUCUAAUCUAUUUUCUUUUUAAAAUUGUAAUAAGGGUAAUCAUUUUAUAUUUUUAAUUUUUUAUUUAUUUGAAAUAAUAUUGACUACAAUUAAUAUAACAAAACAUUUACCAGUCAAUUACAUUAUUAGUAACUAUAAUUUUUAUAAAAUAUAUAUUGCAACUUAUUUUUGUCAAAUUUUUAUUUUAUAAAUAAUAUUAAAAAUAAAAUAUUUUUGUUAUGAUUUAGCUUAAUGGUAUAAUGUUUUAUUCCCUUGUUUUAAUAGUAAUUCAUUAUUUAUAAAUUUAUAUUUUAAGUAUUUAUAAAAAUUAUACUGCAACUUAUACAUCAAAAAGUUACCAGUCAUUAGUUUUAACAAAAUUAUAAUUCAUAUUUUUACUAUAAACUUACUACAUAAAUUUACAUUUUUUACCACAUAUUUUUUACUAUAAAUUACAUUGAAUUACAAUGUAUACUGCAAAUCAAUCUCAAUGUGUACUAAGUACUAACAAUAUAAUAUAGCCGUGAAUGUUAAUGGCGGCCUGAGUGAAACACACAGCAAGACAGAACACAUGUAACCGUUUUUUUCCUUGUUUUUAUUUUUAAUAAAAGUAAUUUAAUUAAAAGGAAAAAAGGUUUGGACAAGUUGUUUCAUGGACAACACUUAAAAGCGAGAAGAAAGCAAUAUGGUGCGGUUGUACAAAUAUCUUUUUUAUUAUUGAAAAUAUUAAAAAGACAAAUACAUCCAUUAAUAUUUAUCUUUAUAAUAUUACAGAAGUUAAAAUAUAAAUGACAAAUACAUCCAAAAAUCCUUUUGAAACUAUUUUAAAAGUUUUUAUUUAAAAUUUUAGUAUUUUAUUAAUUUAAAAAAAAACUAAAAAUCACCUCCAAAUUUCAAUUCCUCAAUUCUAUAUUUUGAAUUUAGAUUAUUUAACCCUAUGAGAUAUAAGUGUCAAUUCUUUUUAAUAAAAUAUUUUAUCAUUUUAACUCUUAUGGAUCUAUAUUUAUGGUAAACAAAUUUUAGGAUCAUCGUAGAUAAUUUAUAUUUAAUAAUUUAUUAAAUAUAUUUAAACUACCAUUGUUGUACUUUAACUAGUUCUAUGUUAAUAACCAGAUUUGAGAUAUAUGAUCAUUUAUAAUAAACAAAAUACUUGUUUAAAUGAUACUAAUAUAACUAUUUUUUAAUUUGUAAAAUAGAAAUAUAUUAAACAAUUAUUGAAUAUAACAGUAAAACUUAUUUAUUAAUAUUAAAUUUUAAAUAUCACAUAUAUAUAUAUACAAUUAUUAAAUAUAAAUUAUAUUAUUAUCACUGGUUUUAGUUUAUAAAAUAUAAAGAGACAUAUAUCCCGCAGUUACAUUGUUCAUUAUACAUGUUACAAUUCAUAUAUUGUUUUGAACCGUUUAUUUUAGACGAACCAUAAAUGUUACGUAGUAUACGUCUUUUAUAUAAAUUGCAGUUAAACCGUGCCGCAAUAUCUAAUCCACUCAUUCUGCACCGCUCAAUCCGAAUAGCAAAGCUUUCUUUUUUUUUUCUUUUUUUUCGUUGACCUUAUAAACUCUAAAAAUAUAUUCUAAAACUCCAUUGUUUGCGGGUCACUUUUCAAUUUUCUUUGCUCUUCUUGUUUGACCGCGAUUUUCACAUACUAUAUAUAGAUACAUAUGCAUUUAUAUACAACUCAAAUCCUAAACCUUCUAAUAAUCCAAACUCUAUAAAACCCUAACUAGUUGCUAAAUUAGUGUCUCCUCAUGCGCCGCGCCGGCUUUCUUUCUCCGAAUCUUUCUUGCAAAACCAUGUUUGUAAGUGUUUAUUUCGUUAUGAUCCUCUUGGUUUUUACUUUUUAGCUCACGCAACGCUUCGGCAAGGAUGGGAACAAUUAAGGUUUCUGAAAUUGAGAUAGCUCAAACAAGAUCAAGAUCACCAAGACAUGAGUUCACGGAGGGUUUUCGAAUCAAAGGUCGUGUGUUCCACUUUUUGUCCAAACGGAUGCUUGUACCACCUUCGGGACCUUCCAAAAGGCGCAAUCCUGUGGGGAAACACUAGUUGACCUUCUUCCUUUUUAAUGUUUAGUUGGUUUUUAAUCAUACUAUAUAUUUAGAAGACUCCUCAAAUUGUUUUUGGCGGGGUUUGGUAAUUUUGGUAUAUGUUUUUAGCUCUUUUAUCUUAUUUGAUUUCAUUCACAUUUGUAAUAUCUUGUUGGGAAAAUGAACGUAUAUUAUAUACAUCUCUUGUUUUUUUUCCCAACAUUGUAUGCAUCGCAUCUCUCACUCUCUCAUAUCAUAUUCUCCUUGGAAACUAUAUUAAAAUGGAUGGCUAUUUUGUGAUUAUAUACUUAUUAAUUUAACUCUUAGCCAUCAAGCUCACGGAUUAGUCUUAUAUUUGAAAAACAUUAUUUUCGAUGAAUAACUAAAAAAGAAUGUCUGUUUUUUUUGGUGUAAAAAAAAAAGAAAAAAAGAGAAAAAAGAAAAAAGAAAAAAAAAAGAAUGUCUGUUGUAUACCGUGUUUAUAGUUUUGAACUUUUAAUGCAUAAGCUAAAGAAGAGCAUGAAAAUCUAAUUUCGAAACCUUUUUUGUUUAAUAUGACAGAGGAUAUGGUGAUGCAAUGCUCUUAAAAUAGCCUACGCUAAAGCUAUCAAUCAAGCAAGGCAUAAUUCUGAAUAUAAGUUAUCUAAGAGCAUGUUUAUUGGUAAAAUCCACUUAAGGACCCUUAGUGAUUUUUUUAGUAUUUAAGUGAAGUUAAGUUACUUUGUUAAGAGAUCUUUAAUGUAAGUGGUUUAUUGGUAGUAUCUUAAUUAGGGAUUCUUAACAAUAAAAAACUAUUAAACAUAAUUUUAUUUUAAAAAAACAAAGUUAAGCAUAUUAUUUGAUACAUAAAUUUUAAAAUAAAAACAUAAAAACAUAAACAUGAACAUGAACAUAAAAACACGAACAUAAACAUGAACUGCUUUAAUUUAACUUACCAACUAGUAUAGCAUCAACGGUGACAUCUAGUCUUCGAUGAACACGGCACUCGGUUCUCGAAAUCAUCUCUACAACACAAGUACACGUUGGAGGUCCUUUCCUCUCUGAGCAAUAGUGCUAGUAGCUAAUGCUUCAAGCUCUGUUUCGUCCAAGAGAGACACCGAUCGGGAGAGGAAGAAACGAGUUGGGAAGCAACGACACACCAAAUUGUGACACGUGCACCGUAAGGGACGUCGCUUGGCUCUCUUAAUUAAGGGACGUAGCUUGUGUUUUCUUCCUUUUUUUCUUUUUUUUUAAUCAUAAUUAACCUAAGAUACAUAGCUAAGAGUCACCAAUAAACAUGCUCUAAGAGCGUUGAAGAAGAACAUUCAUUCUUAAGUACCCAAGAUUUUGGCCAAUUGAAACUUUUCGGCUUGUAGGCCCGUAUCUUAGGCUACUGUAUCUUAUAUUGUGUCAGUGUGUCACAGUUUGUAUACUGGUCAAUUAUAUAUUAGAGGGACGAGUGGGAAGUAAAUGGUUCAUUUUCAUCACACUAAGAAUUUUAACAUGUCUUUGUGUACCACAUCUUAACUUCCAAUUUGACUGUGGUCUCCUUCUGUCUGUCUAAUACAACAUACUGAAGGAUUCUAGGUUGGUGUUCCACUAUCUAAAGCCAAAGAACAGGAACAACCAACAAAAGGAAGCUACCCUUUUUUCAUGUUUGUAUAUUUUCAUCCAACUUGUGCGCACUUGCGUGGUACUUUCAUUUUGUAGUGUUUGCUUAUGUGAGGUUUACUCCUUAACUCAUACGAAAUAAUGAUUGUAGACACUAGGAACUUCGAAUAGACCGGUUAAGCUAAAAAUUAAAGAACACCAAAAAUUAUGAGUUUGGGAUUAUCCGUGGGUCUGAUCAUGGGAAAGAUCUCUCCGGAAAUCCACUAUAACUUCAUGACGAAACAACUUUUCUCAUUUUCAAAAAUCACUUUCACGUUCUCUCACUUUGUCUCUCAAACAAAUCUCUUCUAACUCACUCAAUUAAACGGUAUAAGCAAACAACAUAGUUGACAAAACAAAAAGCAAAGACGAAGAAGCAGUGCCGUGCGAAGAGUUGUAGGGGCCUAAGGCAAGUUUUAAAAAUAAAUUUAUAUACAACCAUAAAAAAAAAAAAUUCUAAUACAAUAUAUCACCUUCGCGAAAUACAUAA